AUGAUUCCGGUCAGGGAGAUGAGCCCGACGAUACCUCGUGACGUUGGCGGCAAGGGUGGACGGGCAGAGGCUGGUCUCUGCAACACAGAAGCGAAGUAUCUAGACAUCAUGAGGCCUUCAGAGAUUUACCCCAUGAUACCAACUGGACCCACUUUUCAAUAA